AUGGAGCGGGCGCCCUGGUGGGGCGGGUUUUACGAACGACUUGUGCGAUCCGUCAAGACAUCGCUGAAGAAGGUACUAGGAAGGAAGCUCCUUGAUACGGAAGAGAUAGUCACCAUCCUGACUGAAGUGGAAGCGGUGAUUAACUCACGGCCUAUAACGUUCCUCUACAGCAACAGCUCUGAAGAAAUGCCAAUUUCCCCAGCGCACUUCCUCGUCGGUAAACGUCUGACGUCUCUACCUACCCCACAAUGCAGAGAACUUACCUCAACGAAGCUAUCAUUAGACGAAAUUUGGACAAGUCGACAAAGGGGUCUUGCCCACUUUUGGAAAAGAUGGCACAAGGAAUACUUGGCCGAACUGCAGUCAUCUCGUUCGUCGAGAGUUUUCAAGUCAUCAGCGCUCAAACCUGGCGACAUAGUCAUCUUGCACGAUGAGAAACAACCACGGCCGCUCUGGAAGUUGUGCAGGAUUGUGGACGUAUUCUGCGGCAGGGAUGAGAAAGUCAGGGCUUGCACCGUACGCCUACCUGAUGGGACUUUGCGAAGAAGACCGGUGCAACUGCUGUAUCCGCUAGAACUGGCCAACGGUUAA